CAUGGAUACAGGGGAACAACUUCAAAAACAAAAACCCAUUAUUUUUCAUGUCAUAAUCAAAAUCAUAAUUCAACUUUAAAAAACCUUCAAUCCAGUACCAUUUGAGAGGAAAUAUUUUGCAUGCGCUGUUGCAUCAUAAAUAGGUCGGCAAAAACACUGUAUUUAUACUCGUAAUUCGUAUGUACUUGAACUCGAUUUUCAUUUCUUCUUUUUCCCGGAAAAUCUGGGAGAUGUGUAGAUAUAAUUAUGAACAGUAGAGGAUAUGAGAUUGUUGAUGCAAUUAUAUGUAGGGAAGUAGCUAAGAAGCAAAUCAAUAUCAUAGCACGUGGACGUCAUAGUCAUGUAAUAAAGAAAAGUCACUUUUUUUCCUGCAUGACCAUGGCAUGGCUGGUGUCCGUCCUGAUCAUUGUGUUGUUUCAGAUGAGAAAUAAUUUUUAAGGGUCCAUUUGUUUGGUAAAAAACUGAUUUUUUAUUUUGAUUAAGGAAUAAGAAGAAUGAUGAUGAUUGAUUGAGUUGAGGGAGGGAGGGAGCGCGUGGUAAGGAUAAAUGCUAAUUGAAUUAUUGAUCUUCCUUUAUGCUGAUUUCGUGGUUCACAAAAUUUGCGUAAUUUAAGCAAUAAUAUCUAAAAGAGAAUAUGGAAAAGAAUCAGAUCAAAACAAAAAAUAAAAUUAAAAUGAAGGUUAGACGUCAGAAGCAAGAUAAAGACAGGAAGAUAAAAGAGGACGUUUACAGUUGGGAUGAAAUUGCACGGCAAUGCAAUUUGGCUGUCUUCAUAUGCCUGUCUGCAAUGGAAUGAUUUAUGAUGAAGGCAAGCUGGAAAAUGGGCCGUACUCUGAUAAGUGCAGUCUACGGUAGCAUUGUCGGUUCAUCAACUUUUUUUCUAUUUCAUUGCCACUAAAACUGAAUAACAAGCACCCAAUAAAACUAUCGAUUUUUAGAUCACAUGCAACACCCAAUUAACUUGCAGACGUGACGAAAGACAUCUGUCUGAGCAGGAGAAAUCUAGGAAAGCUUGUAAAGUCAAAAGCACCGAUGACCGAACCAAAGGCAGGAGAGUUCCAUGAAACUCUUGGAUCCUAUGUACUUUCCAAAUCACUCUUUAACUCACAAAGACAUUUUCUACUUUCCAAAAAAAAAAAAAAUACGGACCCUUUUUUUCCACAUGACAAAAAUUUGAUAAUAAAUCUCUUUCAUUUUAGCCCAAAUUAGUCUCCCUGAUUCUUCCAAUCACUCAAAUUAAAUAUGAUCCAUACACUGGUUUUGCUAAAAAAUAAUUAAUAGGUAGGUUGAGAAUUGAGAUUCCAUUCCAUAACCAUUACACCGUGUUUCAUGCGCGUAUGUUAUUUUACUAUAUUACUUUACAACCAGCCAUCUCUCGCUAUUUCCAGUCUCUUCUUCCCAUAUUUUAGCACCUCUCUACCUUUCUUCUCAAAUAAUCUGCUUUUUCAUUUAUCCAAAGCUUCGAAACCAUUUCCUUGCUUUUUGCUCAACAAAGGCGUUCCAAGGAUAACAAUCUGGUGGAGAUUAGCUUCAAUAGAUCCCAUGUUUUAAGUUACGAAUCUGAGAGUGUUGUAAUCCAUUUGAUGUCAUCCUUAAAAGGUUAUGGGGUUAUGUAAUACUUCAAUGUGGAGUUGGGAGACGUCUUGAGCGAGAUUCUUUUAUUAAUGGGGUUAUGUAAUAACAAGGCAAACUGACACAGAUAUUUGCUCAAAUAGGAUAGAUUUAAAAGUAGCUUCUGGAAAGAAGCUGGGUCUUCAACUCUGGCCGACAAUCUAGUGACACCUUCUCGAGCCGGAGAAGGCGUUGGCCCUUUCAUUUCUGGUGGUCAUUCGCCUUCAGAUUCUACACGCUCCUUGGUUUGGUGCCUUCCUGUUGAUUAUGGCUAACGUUUAAACCACAAACUCAAGUUCCAUUGUUAAUUAGAAUCGGUUAGAGAUGUGAGGUUAUUAGAUAGUUUACGUUCAAGAGGCGGAAGAGCGAAAAUAAAACGGUGCACUCAUUGCAUAUAUACAUUUAGGCUUCUCUUAGAUUUUGACCCAGGUCCUUCAUAAAAUGGCCAAAUUCAAUUGUUUCUCUUUGUUGACCUCGAGGAAAAAGAAAGAUAAGGGGGCUGGUGAGCAAAAGAAUGGUAGAACCCUCCAAAUUAAGCUCCAACAGCAACCGGUGAAGCCCUUAGAGAGCGAUGAAUUGAAAUCGACAACUUUUAGUGUCCCAGCACCUGUUGGGUUUAAGGAGGAUUGCAAUGUCAAGGUGAUCAGGCAUGGGAGCCCUGUUGGAUGUGAAGCAGUAGAGAAAGCAUAUGAAGGGGAAGAUGAGCAUGAAGAGAAUGCAUCAAUCAAGAGAGAAUUCUCUGACUUUGAUCUCCAAGUCCAUGUGGUCAACUCAAGUGAAGAAUUUGAUUUUGGAACCAAAAGGGUUGCUUCUUCAGAUUCAUUUGAAACUGAAGCCAAGGAAGAGGUUGAAAAGGCUGUUGAUAAGUUCCAAAGUGGACAUGUUAGUGAUCCUGGGAUGAGGAGGGCUGAGUUCUGGGCUUCACCUAUGCUUAAGCGCUCGUGUUCUGAUUUGGAGAGGAGGAAUGUGCUAAGAGAGGUAGCUGAUCAUUUCCCUCCAUCUCAGUCAUUUGAAGACUUGCAGGACUUAUCUGCAGGACUUAAUCUCGUUAGCCCUGCUUCUGUGAUGACUCGCUGCAGUGCCGACCGAGUGAUGUUGAAAAAACAUUCUUCGAGUCAAGUUCUACCUUCCAGAAGCAGAAAGUUAUGGUGGAAGUUCUUCCUCUGGAGCCAUCGGAACUCUCACAACUGGACGACCAAACCGCAACCUGCUCCUAUCACUGCUACUUUGAACCAGCAAGGUGGGUAUUCUUCAGACACAAUUGAUCUACAUCAAGCAAUGAAACCGAGCAAGAUGGAAUCACCGGGAUCGUUUACGGGAGAGUCCUUGAACAAAGGCUUCACUGGCAACUGCGAUGACAACCGGAGCUGGAAAGGUUUUCAUAAUGGAGUUUCUGGUUUAUGGACCCAGAACCAAUGGGUUGCAUUCCCUGCUCCAUCAUCAUCGUUCUCAAGAGUCGAUGAAUGGGUGAGAGAUCUCGAAACCGAAAUUGUGCAGCCUGCUGAUGAUGUGAAUGAUGAAGAGGGCAUCACAUUUCCACCUUCUCCAGACACUGGUAAAUCACCAGCAAGAAACACUGCCUACUUCACUCGCCGUUCGGAUAUCAAUCUUUCUGAGGAGAUUUUACAUGCCAAUAGUGUCAUUCAGACUCUCAAUUCUUCCUCAACCGUUGCUCACAUAUCAGGAAUAGGUUUGAAAGCUAUUCCAAUCAUCUCAGGUUUCACCAGCCUUCGGUCUGUCAACUUGUCGAACAACUUUAUAACCCAUAUUACUCCUGGAUCACUGCCAAAGGGCGUUCACAUACUCAACUUGUCAAGAAACAAGAUCAGCACCAUCGAAGGACUCAGGGAGUUAACUCGAUUGCGAGUUGUUGACCUUAGUUAUAACCGCAUUGCUCGAAUUGGACAUGGGUUGUCAAACUGCAUACUGAUCAAAGAACUGUACCUUGCUGGGAACAAGAUAAGUGAUGUUGAAGGGCUACAUAGGUUCUUGAAGUUGACAGUAUUGGACCUGAGCUUCAACAAGAUAACGACAACAAGGGCAUUGGGUCAGCUUGUCGCCAACUACAACUCAUUGCAAGCAUUGAAUCUGUUGGGAAAUCCAGUUCAGAGCAACAUUAGUGAUGACCAGCUGCGAAAGGCAGUUUGUAGCUUGCUCCCUAAGCUUACGUACCUGAACAAGCAACCCAUUAAACCACAAAGGGCAAGGGAAGUGCUCACUGAUAGUGUUGCCAAAGCUGCUCUAGGGAGUGGCAGUUGGAGCUCCAGAAGAAAAGCAUCAAAAAGAACAAGCCAAGGUGCUUCAACAUCCGCCAGUGUGCAUAGGGGCAGUGUGGGAUUGGGGCAUAAGAACAAGAACAAGUCGAAGAGCCGAAGUCGCUAUCACUCAUCUGCGAAAUCACCUGCACUGGCUUCUUCAUCCCGUUAAGAUAUUUUACCAGUAAUUUGCCUGGACAAUUCAUGGGCACUUUUUUCUUUAUUUCCUUGUUUUUGCUUUGUGAGUGAACCUAAAGACUGCUUGCUUCACAGACAAAUCAACCCCCGGGGUUUCUUUUUGUAUUUUUGGUAAUUUGAUUUGUGUUCGUGUGGUAUAAUCAAGUGUUAGUGCAUGAAGUUUGUUUUUAAGGAUUGCAUAAACAAACCCUUUUUAUCGUUCCAAAUUUUUAUAUCUUGUUUACAUAAUCUCAGACAAAACAAAUUUAACUCGCCCUGAAACUAAUCCUUGAUCAUGAUCCAGAUUAAAGUCUUGGUUUCACAGUUUGGUUUGCUUACAAAAUUCAGUAGAAAAUUCAACUGAUAAUUCAAAUCAAAUCCAAAGGAAAACGAUUCACUUGAGUUCUCAAUUCAAUUCAGAUCAAUAACACCAUCCACCAUAUUGGUUUCGAAGAAGAACAUAACAUGAAUUAUAAAUUUUCAUCAUAAAUGCACUUACAGGCAAUUCUUUCUUUCUUUUCUUUUUCAUUCUCUCUGCAAUUCAUUCUCUUCUCUUUUCUCUAUGCUGCACAGCUAGAAGCUUAAUCUGUAACCUUUUUUGCACAACCUUAAAUCAUGUAUUUUGUAUAGUAAUAAUGAAACAAAGAACAUGAAAACUUUAAACCUAAGCUAUACGUUUUUCCCUUGCAAUGGCGCCUCCUUUUCGAUUAAUUACAAAACCCUAUCUAUGCCUUGCGGCUUUCAUUUUUGUUUUUCAUCGACUAUCUUUGCUGCUUUCUUCUUUCUUUCUGUUCAAAAUGCACAAAAUGAAUUUGAAUACCAAGACUUGAAAAAUUUUGG